AUGAGCCUUCUUCGUCGUUCCGCACCUUCCCUCCGUUCCGCAGUGAGAUUCGCCUCUUCUGGCCGUCUCUACACGAAGAAGCACGAAUGGGUGGUCGUGGAGAACGGUGUCGGCACCGUUGGCAUCACCGACUUCGCCACUGAACAACUCGGCGACGUCGUGUUCAUCGAACUACCCGACGAGGGCACCGAAAUCUCAAAGGGUGAUUCGACGGGCGCCGUCGAAUCAGUCAAAGCGGCAUCCGACAUUUACGCGCCCAUUUCGGGUACAGUAACCCAAAAAAACGUGAAAUUGGAAGAGGAGGCGGGGCUUAUCAAUAAGAGUCCAUUCGAGAAGGGAUGGCUGUACAAACUGAAAGUGAAAUCGGAGGAUGAGCUCAAGAAAUUGCUCACCGAGCAACAGUACGAACAGUUCAAGAAGGACGAAGAGGCCGCCCAUUAA